AUGACUUGGCACCAGGAUCACGGCUUCUAUAAGUGCCACAUCCAGGGGAAGGUGGUCGCCAUCUCUGCGGAAAAUUACCACUUCAUUUCACUUGGCUAUCCUCAGCGCAUGAUGCAGUCUUCUUCAUCCGAACCACAGAGGAUAGAUGAAACUCCCGAACCUAUCAAAGAACAAAACAUCGAGGCUCAAAAUAUUGUCCUGCAUUCCGACACAGACUUAUCUGAUGACUUUGUAUCGGACCUGACUGAUCCCUCAACUGGGUCCGAUGUUUCAGAUCAGACUCUAGCUUUUCAUCACGGAGCCUCGUAUGCUCCUCAGAAGAUUCGAGCUGGGAUACUAUUUCCUAUCCACCUGGGCACCCAACCUGGUCGCCCGACUUCCCACGAGGAGGAUUUUGCCUGUGAAAUAGAUUUUCCGUUCGCCAGCAGUUCUUACCAACCGAAAUACAGUUUGACUGGUUUUAAUAUAUCAACUCACAUUGGUGAGAGCAGUGAGGCAAGCGUGGAUGUCCGUGCUGGGUCUCCAACCGAGACAGGCAGUUCUAACAGCAAAAGUCCAAUCACCAGCGAGGAAAGCUUUAUUUCUCGGACCCAAUCCCCAACAAAGAACCAUGGCGCCAAUUCCCGUAUCGCUAUCGCUGGUACUGAGCCCAAAACCUCCUCUCGCAAAGUUCGACAGCCGAUAUACUCCGCGCGAGAGAUCUCUGAAGGCCCAUCUUUUAUCAAGGCCCUAAUUCAAGCAGGCACGCCUUGGGAGAAACAAGAGCAACUGUACGCAGCGGAGUUUGGCGUUGCUCGUACCCAGACUGGUGUCCUCCAAAGGUUCAACUUGAACGAUAUGAAAUCUGGUGACUUUGAGCCAGCUGCAUUCAAGAAGCCUGCUCGAAAAGUCAAAUCUCGGGUACGAGAUUUCUCAGCCUCACUCACUCCAUUCUCUCCUCAUCGGCCAGUCCUUAGCUGA